AUGUUUGAGAAUGUUCGCGCUUCCAGAAGUUUCUUGUGUGCACUGUUUGUCUACUAUGCCGAGCAGCCAACCGAGGCCGGCAACUGCUUGCUGCCACAAACGCAACAAAUUCCGCUGAAGCACAAGUGUGCCCGGGCCGCCGACCUUGAUCGAAUACUUCGGAAAAUCAAGAACUCUUCGAGCUUCGACGCUCGAGUUCAAUGGGCCAAUUGCUCUUCGGUGUUUCAUAUCCGCGACCAAGCAAACUGCGGUUCAUGCUGGGCAGUCUCAUCGGCAUCCGCCAUGUCGGAUAGGGUUUGCAUUGCUACUCAAGGAGCCAAACAGGUGCUGAUCUCCGAUCAGGACAUUGUAUCAUGCUGCACAUGGUGCGGUUACGGAUGUCAAGGUGGCUGGUCGAUCAGAGCUUGGUAUUAUUUCGCCGAACAAGGAGUUGUGACUGGUGGAAACUACAAUACAAAGGGUAGUUGCCGUCCUUACGAGAUUCAUCCAUGUGGAUAUCAUAAAGACGAACCGUACUAUGGAGAAUGUGACGACUUGGCGGACACUCCACGGUGCAAGAGGCGAUGCCAGCUCGGCUACCCAAAGUCAUACCCUUCGGAUAAGCAUUACGGU